AUGGUCAUUGCCCAAGAGCCCCACCCACCUUCAUCCUCACAGUUCCCAGUUCCAGAAUGCUUUCAGACCAGCCAAGAUUCCUUUGGGACCAAGGCCUUUAUCCUGGGCACCUAUUCAGAAAGUGGUGAUGUCACGACACAGUCUAUGUACCAGCUCAAACAGUUCCAGGCAUCAUCCCACUGUGCCAGCUCCCGGAUCAGUGAAGCCUCCUUUGGAACCCAGACCCUAUGCCCUCCUGAACCUACUCUGGCGAUCAUGGAUUGCAGCCAUGGGAAAGGAGCAGCCAGGGCCCUGCGCUACCCCAUGGCCAUGGGCCUCAACAAGGGACACAAGGUGACGAAGAACGUAAGCCAGCCGAGGCACAGCUGGCGGUGCGGGUGCCUCACAAAGCACACUAAGUUCGUGCAGGACAUGAUCCGGGAGGUGUGCGGCUUCGCACCCUGCGAGCGGCGCGCCAUGGAGCUGCUCAAGGUGUCCAAGGACAAGUGCACGUCCAAGUUCACCAGGAAGCGGGUGGACACCACACACAUAUGCGCCAAGAGGAAGCGGGAGGAGCUGAGCAACAUGCUGGCCGCCAUGAGGAAGGCGGCGGCCAAGAAGUUCUGA